AUGCUGAAGGCUUUGAUUGGCGAGGAAAACUUCAAACAAGCUAUUACGCGAUACCUCAAGAAGUUUUCGUAUAGCAACGCACAAGCUUCCGAUCUGUGGGAAGUUUUUGAUGAAGUGGUCAAAGGUGUAGAGGGCCCCGACGGUAAUCCACUGAAAACCACUGAGUUCGCAUAUCAGUGGACGACUCAGAUGGGUUACCCAGUGGUUACUGUAGAAACUCUCAAUGCAACGACGUUGAAAGUAACGCAAAAUCGUUACAAGAAGAAUAAAGAUGCUCAGGAGCCAGAAAAGUAUAGCAAUCCGAAAUACGGGUCAGCACUAUCUCUGAGGUUUUUCUGUUCUCACGUAACUAACUGGUUGAGUUGGGCGUAA